UCUUCUUCUGGAUGGGUCUAUAAAUAAGACAUCCCACCAGGGCACCUCUGCCAGGUCUUCAAAGAUGAUUCGAAUAAUAGCAGGUGCCCUUCUCAUCUGCUCUCUCGCUAGAGCCACCCAGAAGCCACAAGGCCUCUUGCAUGUUGGAGGACAUGGAUCCCAUUCCAACGUGAUUAGAGGCAGGGAGGUAGUACCUCAUUCCUACCCCUAUGUGGUCUACAUCAACGCCUGGGGUGACUGCCAAGGUUUCCUGAUUUCUGACGAGUGGGUUGUGACCAUCGCCCAGUGCAUAGCAAGUGCUGACACAGCCACGAUGACAUUCGGAGCUCACAACAUUAACAUGGAUGAGCCCGAGCAGGUCAAAAUGACAUCCACGGAAUUCAUCGUCAACGAAUACUUCCACCCAAUGUCUUUCGGCAACGACAUAGCCCUGGUGAAGUUGCCGGAGAAGAUUCAGUUCACAGAUGCUAUCCAGCCAGCUCCUCUCCCCACCUACGACAUCAAGCCUGGCAUGACAGCUGUUCUGACAGGAUGGGGACAGACAAGCGCAACCGACCCCACAUACUCAGACGUCUUGAGGGAAGGAGACGUAACCAUAUCCGAUGACAACGAGUGUGACACGUAUUAUGGACAGAGGCACCCCAAGACAGUCUGUGUGAUGACCAACACUGGAAGUACUCCCUUCUGCUUUGGUGACUUUGGAGGUGGGCUCCACAGAGAUGGCUCAGUCCACGGCAUCGCGUCCUUCUUCUCUGGAGCGGGGUGCGAUUCCGGGGGCGCCGAGGUCUACACCAGAAUCUACGACUUCGUUGACUGGAUCAAAGAGAAGACCGGAGUUUAGACAACUGGCCAAAGUCGUGGAGGAUGUAGCGGUGGAUGCUGGUCUGGAAACAUUUCCUGUGCAAUGAUGUGCAAUAGAUUGAAUUAAAUUCUCAAGCGCU